GUUCGUGUUGCAGCAGGUUAGCUACAUAGACUGAGUUAGCUCUGGGUUAGCUGCUGUCCGGUGUGUAGCAGCUCGUCAGAGCCAGCAGCGGCUAACAAGAUGCACACGGCUGCUGCUGCUGUUUACACUAUAGCGGUACCUGCGAGCUAGUACAUGUUUAUUUAAGUAGGAAAGCUGCCGACGCUGUUCGACACGAAGGCCAGCAGACAUGGCCGGCAUUAUUAAAAAGCAAAUCCUGAAACAUUUAUCCAGGUUCACCAAGAAUCUGUCCCCAGACAAGAUCAAUCUGAGCACAUUGAAGGGGGAGGGGCAGUUGUCCAACCUGGAGCUUGAUGAAGAGGUUCUGCAGAACAUGCUUGACCUGCCUACCUGGCUUGCUGUCACUCGAGUCUACUGCAACAAGGCCGCCAUCAGGAUACAAUGGACAAAGUUAAAGACGAGCCCCAUCUGCCUGUUCUUGGAUAAAGUAGAGGUAGAGAUGAGGACAUGUGAAGAGCCUCGUCCCCCCAAUGGCCCCUCUCCUAUAGCUAUAACAGCAGGCCAGAGUGAGUAUGGCUUUGCUGAGAAAGUGGUAGAGGGCAUGUCUGUGAGGAUCAACUCCAUUACCAUCAAGGUCCAGGCUCGUGCCUUCCACGCCUCCUUUGAGCUCUGGCAACUACAAGGCAAUAGCUUAAACCCUAAAUGGCAGCGCAGUGACCUUCGAUACACCCGUGUCACUGACCCAAAAAGAGGAGAGGUGUUGACCUUUAAAGAAAUUAACUGGCAGAGUCUCCGAAUUGAAGCAGAUGCAAUUGAGAGCGAUGACCAGGACCUCGGCAGCACUCCUUUACGUCUCAUCACCAACCAGGGACGCAUUCGAAUUGCUCUAAAACGCAGGAUAAAGGACUGUAAUGUGCUGGCAUCCAAGCUGCUUUUCAUUCUGGACGACCUGUUGUGGGUGCUGACAGACUCUCAGCUCAAAGCUAUCAUCAAUUAUGCCAAAUCCCUCAGUGAAGCCAUGGAGAAAUCUGCUCAGCAGAGGAAGAGCAUGACUGCUGAAUCCUUACAGACUGCUCCUCCAUCUCCUGGCCUCCACAGCCUCUGGACAGAACCUCCACCUGCCCCUGCAGGCACCCCCAGUAACAUGAGUCAAUACUUUGAUCUCUAUGAUGUCAAGGAGUCUUCUUAUCACACCUUCAUAUCACGCUUGGACUUACACAUAUGCAAUGACAGUUCUUCAAUUGAUGAAGAUGAGCCACCUCCACCGGGCUUGCAGGGUGCCAUGCAGCUGACAUUCAGGAAGCUCGGUUUUGACUACUAUCCCAUCCACAGACUUGCUGAUGGGUGUCGGCACUGGGAACGCCACAGUGGAGCCAUGGAGGCUCAGGCCCAGUGGGCUGGGAAACUGCUGCAGGAGUAUCAGAGAAGAGCAGAGGCUUCUGGGUUCCCUGGGCCACAAACUGAGGUUCCCCAGCCAGGCAAAGAUUCCCCUGCAAAGACACUUCAAGAUGGACAGUCCAGUCCCAAGUCAAUCCCCUCUGACAAAGAGCAGACAACCAGCAAGAGCUCAGCGACGCCUCCUUCAUCACUUAAGAGGCUGCGAACUAACUGUGUGGUGAUCAGGAUGGAUGACGUGGACAUUCACCAGGUGUCUACAAGGGGCCGUCAAAACAAGAAGACCCAGUCUUUAUUAUCGUGUAACCGUAAAGCUUUGCGUUUGCCAGACAACAUACCUGCAAUUCAUCUGCAAUUUACUGAAUACUACUUUCCUGACAACCCCAGUUUACCAGUGCCCACCUCAAACCUGUAUGUCCAGUUAAACAGCCUCCAGCUGUGUGUGGACCCAGCCAGUGUGCUGUGGAUCAAUCUGUUCUCCAGGGGUCUCCUGCACACACUGGACCAGGUCAAAGCUUUCUACCAUUUGCAAGACAGCAACAAGGCUGAAGAACAUGUAGAUAUUCGUAUGGAUGCAGCUCAACUGAAGCUAAUAAUUCCCCUGGAUUCAUCCAUACUGGACCACCCAGAACGUCCACAGUCCCUCUCUGUUACUGUACCCCAGAUGGCUCUCAGCAACACCCGACACUGCCCUCAUGGCUCCAGAGCUGACCUCAGCAGUACCUGUGACAAGUUUGCCAGCUGCCCUUUCUUCCAGUACACACCGCCUUGCCCUUAUCCCAGAGACCUGAGUGCCUUCCAGCCCAUUCCUUCCACCUUCGUUCAGCACUCUCAAGAGGCAGAUCCCCCACCUCUAGACAGAAAGCAGCUGCGAUCCCAGGAUGUCUGGUCUCUCAGUCUGUCCCGUGUUACACUAGGUUUCGAUGGAGCACGGCGAUUCCCCAAAGGAAAAACCCAGCCUUUUGUCGAGCCCUUUGCGAUGUCUGUGUGGAUGUGUCAGCCAGCGGCCUUUAAAAAUGGCUCAUCGUCUUCCUCCUCCAGUCCCAUCACAACCCAGCAACUUUCCUCCGAGCAGGAACCUGAUCAGAAAGAGGCUUCGCUUGCUUCUAUCCACUUCCUGGCUCACACUAUCACCCCUGUGAAGAUGUGGCUCAACCACUACCAGUAUGUUGCCCUGCUGAGGAUGAAGGAUGCCAUGGCACGGCUGGGGGCAGAGUUAGGCCGGGAUGUACGUGAUGUUAAGCACGCUCGUGGCCAGAAGACAAAAACAGCUACAGUUUGCUUUGGCCUUCUCGUGGACUCAGUGGAAUUAGGUCUGCUUUUGCCUCCGGUCUCCACAGAGCCAGAGGAGGAAGUUCCCCACACUCCAGAAACAGACAGCCCCAGUAUGACGGACUCUGACAUCUCCCCGACUCAUCACUCUGCCAUGCUGGAGGACAGCAGGUUAGAAAACGGCAUCUCCUCCAUCAAUACAGCUGCGUUUGAUCAGGAUGAACAAGAUGGAGCUGUGGAGGAGGCCUAUGAGGCAGUGGAGGAGGGGCUGGAGGACAAUGAAUUGACAACACAGGAGGAAACCUCUGUUCUCUCGCCUCCCCUCUCGCCCGGACAGUCUCCGGCCCUCUCCCGUGAGCCGUCCACCUUUAGCUUGGAGGGAGAGCUAUCAAGCGCCAUUAAUGUCACUAAGGAUGUGACCAAAGAUGCCAUUAGUGCCUCCCUGGACCUGACCAAAGGGGCAUUUUCAAUAACAAAAGACGCCUUUAGCAUGCUGAGUCGCGGCUCAGGGAUGAGCAAGUUGUUCAGUCCACAGGCAAAGGAACAGGUUCAACGUUCAGAAGAGUCCUUCCCCUCUUUGGCUCCCAGCCUGCGACACCAAUCCAUAAAGCAGUCGCCUUCCCAGCAUUCCUUUGAUAGUGCUAUCUUGGAUGGCAGCCUACCUGACGAAAAUCUCUCCAUGGAUAGUGAUCUCAGUGACAAUUUUGUUGUUCUAAUGGACUCAGAAUCAGGUAUGGAGUCCAUGCGCCCCAACAACACGCCUGUAGGCAGUCGAGGCAGCCCAGCUCCAGGUACAGAGGGAGGUUCAUCAGCUGAUCUCAGCAGCUCCCUGUCCCAAAGUACCGAGGACGUUUCUCAGGACAUGUCCUCUGUGUUGUUACUGAUCCUGAGUGGAACAGCUUGUACCUUGGAAGUAAAGGGAGAAGACCAAGUUGUGGCUUUCCAAGCACAAAAUCUGACCCCUGUCCAGAUGGGUAACGUCAGGUUGUCAGACGUGUUGACUGGUCUCGUACAAGCUCCAGCUGAAUCAGUCCAGAAGCAGGACAGGCAGCAGAGCAGGGACUCUCCAGUGCUGUGCAUGCAGGCAGAGAUGGGCCCAUCUGCAGCUCGACGCUCUGCCAUGGCUGAGUCACUGGGCUUUGUGGAUAUGAGAGUGCAAAACUGCAAGGCACAGCUACUAACCUCAACAGUGACUAACAUCGGCCCUUUUCUGGAAGAUGAAUUCAGCAUUGAUGGUCAGCCAGUGAAGUUACACAUGAGCAAUGUCACCAUUACGAUGAAGGAUGAUAGUCCUAAAAUCUACCCUACAGCCCCUCAACCUGUCCCAGCCACAUUCAUUAUAGAUCAGCUGCUCCUUGAGCGCGGUGAUGAUGGCAUCAUGAGAGUCAAAGCUGAAGGGACAGACCCUAAAGCCUCAGCAGGUGUUCUUGUGGCUGGCUCUGACCACCCCAAUGGUUCCAACUCUGUCCAACAGCUGAGUGAGAGUCAAACACUGGAGUCCCAGCUCUGUGGCGUCCAGGCCGCCCUCACACAGGCCCUCAGAGAGAGAGAGCGCCUCCUUGUGGAAGUCAGGAAGUACGACCCCACAUUUACUCUGUGAGCCUCUCUGACCUCUGAACCUGUCGCUGCUGAGGAAUGAUGAUGGGAUGGGGAAGGCUGAAUGUCAGGUACAUACACAAAGUAUGUCUCAACAAUGGACAUGUUUGAAAAGAAGAUGAACCCAGGCUGUGGCUUUGGAUCAUUUCCCCAUGGUGCAUCACACAUUAAUGAGAUUACUAAAGAGCCUCUAAAACAAUUACUGAGAGGGGAACUUAGUAAACUAACUUAUAGGUACAUUAACUGUGCAAUUUUUUCAACUGGCAGUCUAAAUAUUCCUCGCUUCUGUACAAAACACAAAUGAUCUCAUUCAAGUGUGAACAGUAAUCUCAUUAUGUAGUUUCAGUGUUUAUCACACAGCAUGCAAGGUGAUCAAGCUUUAAUUCUCUCCAGUUAUUUAUUUGUGUUAUGUCGAGCACACGCCAAAACCUCCUUUCACAUGCACUGACACUGCCAGACAGUUGCUACUCCAUCAGUCACUCCUUUGACAAAUGUUGCUGUCAAGCAUGCUUUGUGAACAGUGCUGGUUUACAUGUAGCACAUUAACAAAUCAGCAGUCAUAGAGGUAGACUAGAUACAACAAUGUAGAUUACUUCUGUUGAGUGUAAAGUAAGAGACCCGUGUGUUUCUUUUCAUUUUAAAGUAUUGUCAGUUGUUCAGAAAUGUGUUGGAAAAACAAUGCACUUUUUUCUUUAACAAAAAAAAAAAAAAAAGCAGAUCUCACUGCUUUCAUGGAGAGACAGAUGCAUCUCAUUUCCCCCCUUGGUUGCUUUAUCACCAAGGUGGAAAGGUGACACUUUAUCAAAUUCUUACCGUUUUCACAAAGCGGGUUGAAUCAUUCCCCAGUGUUAUUUUUAUUCGUUGAGUUGUGAAAUGAUUCUUCUUUUGUACUGUGAAUCGAUGUGCUCUGUGGGUGAAUGUCCACUAAAGACGACAGGCCUUUUCGAUCUCUCCCUGGGUUGUGGAGAGCAGGUUGCACAGUAGCUUCAGUAUUGUAACAGGGUUUGUCCGUUCAUUAUAAUUCUGUGGUCUAAAGAGGUUUGGGAUUACACCAGCUACCAGAGAUCUAAUGCUUGAUCUUCUUUAAAACGUGUUUUGUAGCUUGCCAGGAAACGACUCAUUCUGAUAGUGUUAUUACCUCUGUGCUCAUGUAUCAUGUACAGUAGUCAGACAUCAUGGACCUAAUGUCCAUUCUUUAUUUUGUUUUACUUUUGUAUAUUUAUGUUUGUGACAGUGUGUUUUGUUUUUUUUUUUAAAUCUGAAAUACUACAGUGUACUGAAGCCAUAUCAAUCAAAGAAAGUGAUUUUUCCAAAAUCUGUGGUACUGCUAAUUAAAUGUACAUUCACCAGAUUUAGUGCAAAAACUGAUAUUUUCAAUAUUUUUAAUCCUGAUGUACUGCGGGUUCUAUCUAUCAAGCCUAUUACUAAUUUAAAUACCUGUCACUUUGUUUCAUCCAUGUAUAAAUCUGUUUAAAUGCAUGGAUUUAAACAAUGGUGGAUUUGUUCAUCAAAGAGACUGUUUCACAAUAUAUUCAUUUUAUGAAUGCUCCUCUCUGUCAGUUGCAUUUUAUCUACAAGCAUUCUACUGUUAAAUCAGUAGUUUAGCAUCUUGCUUUUGGCGGCACGUUAUCUAUUUUAACAGCUACAAAGCUGUUACUGUUACAGAGAUCUUCUAGUUUUUCAUUAUGGUCCCAGGGUACUUGGGAGACCUCUGGUGGCAGAAACUUGACAGAGUAUGCUCCAUUUAAAAUAUUAUUUAUCAUUUUCUUUUUAACCUGUGGUUGCCUUGCAAGCUACGAAUGACACAUUUGCAUUCUUGAAGCAGAAUGUAAUCUGUUUAAGCAAUAGAAAGACUCCUUUAGUUGAAACAAAAAUAUAACAAAGAACAGUAACACUACACAUUUUUAAUGUGGAAUUCAGUUCUUGAAAUGACUAAUUACCGACCAGGUUUUAAUGUUUCCUUCAGCUGUAUGUGAACUCAAAAAAUCCUCAAUUUGUUGGUGUAACAGAGCAGAGGUGCUGCCCUUUGACCUCAGUAUCACUUGUAAAUGUGAUGUUUUUCUUAGCUUCGGUGUUUGUGUUUUUGCAUGACAGUAGAUACGUUGGUAUAAAACUGAGCGUGUCAUGUUGGAUGCAACAUGUAGCUCUGAAGCUUUCCCAGUGUCCUGUUCCUCAGUCAGGCCUCAGUGUUAAGUAGCAUCUCUGUUCCACUGACCAACUGGUGCUUUGAGUUGAACCUGCUAAUAACCUGUUACACUAGACUUCCUUUGCUCUCCAGAGCCGGCCAGGGUUUCCAUGACAACAUAACUCUUACUCAGUGUGCCAUGCAAAGAGGAGGAGAUGGACGGAGAGUGAAGCAAGACUCACUCCAACGUGUGCUGUUCCCUCUAGAUGCAUGUACUGAAGUGAAGUUGUAUCGUUUAUGCCUUGUGGAUUACUUGCACUCGUGAGUUAAAUUCACUGGAAAUUGCACUUGUUAAAAUGUAAAUCACUUCAAAGGGUUGCAGAGGAGUCAUUGUGAAAUCUUUUGAAGUGAUGCAAACAUUGGGAGACUGUGGACAGUAUUUUUUUUUGUCAGUUGUGUAGAAUUAUAUUGAAUUUUUUAUUGUUUUCAUCACCUCAUUGAGACUAAUAUAAAACUGGUUCUGUGAACCAAAGCUAGUAUGUAGAAAAUAUUUUAAGUGAAAAAAAAUAAAUGAUUAAUUGCUCAACACA